UAUAAAAUUGUUAUUAAAAUACGUUUUAUUCACUUUAUCGCUCUUAUUAACUGUUAUUAAACCGAAAUGUAUGUGUUUAAAAAGCUUAGGUUUUGUCUUAAAGUGUUUUUGCGGUGUCAGAAUGGCGGUGGACUGGACACGGUUACAGCAGAGGACGUUUCACACGGGACCAAAAGGCAAUUAGACAGAACCCAGAGUUCAGAGCCUCUACCCAAGUCUCCACGCACUUCUUCUCCCCCUGAACUCAUCGCUGUUUCAGAUGAGAAACAGCCCGAAGACCACGAUUCAGCUCAUGCAGACCAAGAAAACACGCCAAGAGAGACCAUGGAGAACACAGAAGCCUGCUCGACUCAUGAUCUCAGCCCUCGCUCGCGGAGAAAAUCCUGGAGGAGGUCGACUAGAGGCAGACCCUCGCUCCCUGCCCUCCCUAACAACACCCAGUCUCUGUGUAAAUCCAUCAGCCUGGACCUGAGCGACGCGGAGAGGCUGGAGAAGCUCAUGGAAGCCGCAAUGCAGGUUGCAGUAAAGAGACUGCAGAACACAUUAUGUACCAUUCCUGGUGCUGAUCUAGAGGCAUUUCAAGCACAAGUCGACUCCCUGCAGACUGAGUGGGUGAAUAUGGCUAAAAACAUCCGCGAAGAAGCUCAGCUGAACUUCUCCAGCAGCACCAGCAGCGAUCCCGCUAUUCAGAAAGCCAUCGAGCGUGCGAAGGAGGACCUGAACAGGCUGCAGGCUGAGUGUGUGUCCUGGGAGUCGCUCCUUAAUAAACAUCGCUCCAAAGCCGAGGAGUUGGCCAAAAGAGUGGAGGAGGGACAGGAGAGAGGUGUGAAGCUGGACCUGUCUUGCCUAGCCCAGUCCUCCCAGAGCAAACUGAUCCUGAGUAAACCUGAUUACAACGCAGCGCUGCAGAGGCAGCACCGAGUCCUCAACACCAUGGAGCUGGUGUUGGAGUCUCAGUGCAUGAUGAUGAAGGCGCUUCUGUCCUUCCAGCAGGACUCGGAGUUGCUGAUGAAGGAAACCAGCACUCGACUGGCUCAAAGUGCAGGAUUCCAGGAUCUCCCAUCAUCCCCGGCGAAGACGCUCCUGAACCUCCAUCAGUCUGCCACGUCGUCUUAGUUCAGGUCCUAGGACGUUUUUCUUCAGACCAGGACGAUGAGUAAUGGACAAAAAAAAAAAAAAAAAAUGCUAAUACACUAUGUGGACAAAAGUUUGUGGACACCUGCGCGCAAGAUUGCGUUUUUUUUUUUUUUUUUUUUUUUUGACAUAAAUUUCUACAUUUAAUCCCCAUUUGCUGUUAUAAUAAGCUCCAUUCUUCUGGGACGAUGUUCCACUAUAUUUUGUGGAAAUUUGUAUGAGAUUUAAUUAUCUACAAGGGUGUGUUGGUAAAAGUCAGGUCAUUGAUGAAGGUGAGAUGAUUCAUGCAGUCAGGAUGAAAUAUUUCUCAUGUUUAAUAGGGUUGGAGCUUUAUAGCAGGAGAUCUUAAUGAGGAUGGCUUUGUGUUCAAGGGCAUUGUGAUGGUGGAACAGAUUUUGGUCUCCUAGUUCAAGUGGUGGACCAAAGGCAUCUUAUAGACUUGUACGCCUUCAAUUACAUAUGGCUGGAAAAGUCGUGUCCCAAUACUUUUGCCAAUAUAGUGUAUCCCUCUGUAUGUGGUGUUUUAUCGUGAUUUCAGUGUCGUGUUAUCUUCUCAUCCGUACGCAGUCCAUGUUCACUAUCUGUAUACAUCUUUAUCCUCUUUGUAGGCAAACAAAAGUUGGAGUGUUUUCGCUUACAUCCUUCUAAAUAUGUCACGUCGAGAGCUUGAAGUUUGUGCUGUUCAAAAAUGGAGCAUCAUUACCAGUGUCAUCUGUUUCCUAAACCUGUAAUUAUACCCUCAUUAUAACAGCAGGUCAUCAUUAGUGGAGAUAAACCGCAGCACCAUUCGUCACCAAAAAAAAACACACGGCUGAUGGACACUAGAUGGCAGCAUGAUUCGUCUCUAAAAACCCAACCGUACAAAUCCAUAUAACACGUGACUUGUUUUCUCGACUCCCAUUUAUUAUCUCAAACCAACCAAAGUUUUAGGAGAAGCGACUGCGCUGUCUGUCUGUCUGUCUGUGUGUGUGUGUGUGUGUGUGUGUGUGUGUGUGUGUGUGUGUGUGUGUGUGUGUGUGUGUCCUGGGACAGGAUGUUUACUAUCAAAUAAAAUGCGUAACGUUU